AUGUCUCAACAUGAUCAAGCUCCCUGGUUUUAUAAUGUUUCUCUGUUGAAUCAACUAGAACAACUGCCUCAUAUUGAUUGUAGUUUCUUGCCUCGUUUGUUGGAGGAUUCAAAUCUUGGUGAUAUUGUUCAUGAAGUUGAAGAAGAAGAAUUUAUAUUUAUAGAAGCAGGGGAGAAUGUUGAAGUUGAAAAUAUGGAAACAGCAAUGGAGUAUGAAGAAGAAGAAGAGGGGGAAGAACAGGAUAUUAUUGAGAUUGCGUAUUUCGAAGACGAAGAAGAAGAAGAGGUGGUGGAAGAUCAAUUUGCUGAUGAUGAGGAACAAGAAGCAUGUGCUAUCUGCUUGCUUGAAUAUAAAGAUAAAUAUGCAAUUGCCACACUUCAAUGUGGCCAUAAAUUUCAUGCUGAAUGCAUCAACAAGUGGUUGCAGAGGAAAGAUACAUGUCCUUUUUGUAGAGCUUCAGUUUAUCCCACAACACAAGUGGUUGCAGAUACGGGUGUGCAUUCGAUUUUUCGGUUUGAUUUUACACUAUUCGGUUUGAAUUUUCGGUUUUUGGUUUUGUAA